UGCCUGCUGCUCCCGCGUGGAGAGCGAGCGGGCGGCCGGGGCGGAGCCGGCGCCACUGCGACCAUGAGGCUGCCCAACAUCCUGCUUACGGGUACACCAGGGGUUGGAAAGACCACACUCGGUAAAGAACUUGCAUCAAGAACAGGACUGAAAUACGUUAAUGUGGGUGAUUUAGCACAAGAAGGACAGUUAUAUGAUGGAUUUGAUGAAGAAUAUGUAUGUCCCAUUUUGGAUGAAGACAGAGUAGUUGAUGAGUUAGAAAAUAAAAUGAAAGAAGGUGGAGUUAUCGUUGAUUACCAUGGCUGUGACUUCUUCCCCGAACGAUGGUUUCAUAUAGUUUUUGUACUUCAAACAGAUAAUUCUGUAUUAUAUACAAGACUUGAAAAGAGGGGAUACAGUAUAAAGAAACUACAGGACAAUGUUCAGUGUGAAAUUUUCCAAAUUCUUUAUGAAGAAGCCAUGGCCUCCUACAAGCCUGAAAUAGUACACCGGCUGCCCAGCAAUGUACCAGAAGAACUAGAGAGUAAUUUAGAUCAGAUAAUUAAAUGGAUUGAGGAGUGGAUAAAAGAUAAUAAUUGAACCUUGAGGGGAAAGCAUGGAUUCUCGAGGCUUUCCACAUAAUGGUUACAGAUUUUCUUGAUGAUCUCUCCCUCCCUAUACAAUAGAAAUUAAGACAACAUACACCGGAUUUUACUAUCCAAGAUUGUGUUGUGGAAGUAACAGGUGGGCAAAAUAUAAGGUUGAGUUAUGGCUGAAUUAAUUUUUUUUUUUCUCCAUGAGAAAACUGAAAACCCUGAAAUAAAUGAAUAUGGCAUUAAGGACUUUUUAAGUUUAGGAAA